AUGAAAACUGGCGCCAAAAGGGCCUUCCUUAUAUCCAUUCGAAACCUCUGUAAGCCCAGAUUCUCCCCUGGUGGCAAAUUGAAGCCUGGUGGCGAUUACAGCAAUUGGCCUGUUGCGGCGCCGCGCAGCAAGUACUUCGUGAAGCCUCAGUCCUAUAAAAACUCCAGCCCAACUACUACUACUACUUUUCCUGGAACUAACAUGGUUGAAGGUACUAAGAACUACAUUGUCACAUUGAAAGAAGACUCCUCUGACGACAUCGUCAACAAGGUCAAGAGUCAGGUUGCCUCUUUUGGAGGUAAGGUCCUUGACGACUUCUCCUUGAUCAAGGGUUUCGUCGCGAGGUUGCCUCCUGUGGAGAUUGACUCCUUGAAGGGCCACGAGGGUGUGGUCAACGUCGAGGAGGACCAGGAGGUUAGAAUCCAGGACAACAAAUGA